UGUAUGCACCUUAAUAAUUUAAAAACAAUGCGGGAAAAGAUGGUGGCGCUAAACUAGCUAGUGGAGAGAGUAUGAAGAACGAAUUAUAUUCUACAAUACAUGAGUAACAUCUGUAGACUGAUUGUAUGGCCGCAGCGGUUCAUUACGGUACAUUCUCAACAGCAGUGAUUAGUACAAAAAAAUCAUUGAACGAAAUAACCUCCAUCAUCACGAAUGAUAGUGGAAAUUUAAAAAAAUAGCUAACUAGGACAGAACUGUGCCUCAGUGAGUUUGUAUACAGACGCCAUUUGGAGAGCGAGUGUAACAAGAACGAAGAGCAAACGACGACAGCCGAAAUGGAAGAGAAUCAAACAUCGGAAAGUGUCGCCGUGUUACCGGACAUGUCCGAACCAUUAACGAGCGAAACCGAGGAGUCGUCUGGACUAACGACUGAACACGAAGCCCAUCCGGUUGCUGUUGCAUCUGUUCAAGGUGUAUCAACUGUCCAAGGGGUACCAGUAUCGUUACCGGUUGGUUCUAUUAUUGGCGUCGCAAAUGCCAGCAAUGGCACUUUCAACGUCAUCACCACAGACCAGUUCCAGCAAUUGUCGAACUCAGGCCAGUUCAAGCUGUGCGUUGAUAACGGAUUCCUGUGCGAGCCUCGGCAUGAGAAGGAAGCUGAUCCUUUGCGCUGGAACAACGAGAUUAAGGCAACUCACAUCGUCAUUCAGAACAACGCCGAGGAAUCUGAAAAUGAGCAGUUACAAGUUGCUGCUAGUAAUUCUCAAACUCUCUGUAGCUGGACUGAGGCCGCGAACAUGGCAGUUUUACCGAUAAGAUGUAAAACAACAAACGCUGAGCUGCAUAAAAGUAGAUUUGGGUCUGGUGGUAGAGGAAAAUGCAUCAAAGUCGGGAAUACGUGGAUGACACCCAGCGAAUUUGAGACACACAGCGGGAGAGCAUCGAGUAAAGAUUGGAAAAGAAGCAUUAGGUUUGGUGGCCGUAGUCUGCAGACUUUGAUUGAAGAAAAUAUUUUAAAACCACAUGCUACAUCUUGUACCUGCGCUGCUUGUUGUGAUGAUGAUACUGCAAGCGGACCAGUUCGUCUUUUCACUCCGUAUAAACGCCGCAGAAGGGCAAGAGAUAUAUCUGACGGUGAGACACCCUCAAGAAAAAUAAAAAGCGACAAUUCACGUGACUGUAGUAAUAAUGAAGAGAGCGAUAACGAUGUUGGGGUGUCAGAAAAAGAAAUUUGGCCGCAAUAUGUAUCGGCAGACGGCCUUGUAGUUCAUCAAUCACAAGAUCAAGAACAAGUUUUGCAAACCGUUAAUGUCGAUCACGAACAAACGGAUGAAUUGUUUAAAAAAUUAGAUGACAUGGCUAAUACCAUGGUGAAGUUAGCCUAUGACUUUAGAAGGACUGUAGAAGAAGCCAAAGAACUGAGUCAUCAGCAAAGACGCGAACAAGCUUUAGUUGCUCAACUCAAUAGUACUAGGGGUGAUGUUAUUGAAGCGGUUGGCUUACAGCCAGCAUCUAAUUCUCACAAUAAAAAGUGUGCCAAUUGUGACAGACCGGCGAUGGCUGAAUGCUCAAUUUGCAGGCGUACGCCAUACUGUUCAAUAUUUUGUCAGCGUAAAGAUUGGGCUGGUCAUCAAGUCGAGUGCGUUAGGGGGGCUGAGACCGUAAUGUUGAUCGUAGAAAGUAGUAGUGCUGACACUGGGACAUUGAACACUACUGAAGACUAGUAAUUAUAACUUGUUUGACAUCACAAUUAUUUAUUUUUUGUGUUCCUUGAUGAUCAGUCAAACAGUAUUUUUCAGUGCAAAUGACACUAAUAAUAAUUUAGUGUAAAAAAACUUUAUCAUUAAAUAAAAUUUAACUAAGAUUGUAAAUAA